UCUUGGGUAAUCCGCCAUUAAUCGGGGACAGGUGACUUGGGGUCAUCGUGAAAAAUCCGCAACUAACUGUUCAGCUGUGCUCUUCUUAACGCGUAAUAACGGUCCACGAGACUUGCCAAUACUUCUAGUAUUUAAUCUGGUGACUUGGGAAACACCUGUCGUUCUUGAAAGUUCUUCCUUGGAAGUUCCCACCCAGGAUCCCCAAACAUGGAGUAUGUAAACCCUGGACAGUCAGUGCUGUUGUUGUGGGGUGGGGCAGUCUCCGGGGACACCAUCCAGAUGACAGUAGGGAAUCUUCAGACCAAGGUUGGAGAGAAGGGUCAUGUGCGUGUGGAGCAUGUGGACAGGCUGCUACUGUCAAACCACGGUAGCUCAACGUUUGACGUUGUCCUGUCAGGAACGAUUAACCCUCCCAUAACCGUCCACUCCGGAGAUGUGUUAGCAGAGGUGGCCAGACUACUGAAGCCCAGUGGUAGGGCUGUGGUGUGUGAGCCUACAGUCAGCACAGAUAAUGGUGGUGCAUUGAGAACUGCAGCAAAACUGAGUUCCAGUCUGAAGCUAGCUGGGAUGGUCAGUGUGUCAGAGGCAAAAGAAAUCUCAUUGUCCCAGCAGGAACAUGACCUUUUGAAACAAGCCCUGUCAGUAGAUGGCAUCCAAGUUGUUGAGGUUUCAGCCAGCAAGCCCAGUUAUGAAGUGGGCUCCAGUGCACAACUUACACUCUCUUUUGCUAAGAAAAAACAGGUAGAGAAGCCAAAGCUGGAUGAGAACACGGCCAAGAUCUGGAGUUUGUCGGCUGUAGACAUGAAUGAUGAUGACAUUGAUCUCCUUGACCCAGAUGAACUUCUCGAUGAGGAAGACUUGAAGAAACCAGACCCUGCCUCCUUAAAGGCUCAGUGUGGCACUGGUGGGGACACCAAGAAAAGGAAAGCAUGUAAAAACUGCACCUGUGGUCUGGCAGAGGAGUUAGAAGGUGAUCAGCCAGGAAAGACUGCCAGCAAGCCUGCAACAUCUGCCUGUGGAAAUUGUUACCUUGGUGAUGCCUUCCGAUGUGCCAGCUGCCCAUAUUUGGGCAUGCCAGCAUUCAAACCAGGAGAGAAGAUCACCCUUACAGACAGGCAGCUCAAGGGUGACAUCUAAGGGGGAGGGGGGCGGCUGAAGGGUGAUGUGGGGUUGGGGUUGCAACACAAAAGUUACAUCAACUAUGUAAUUGGGAGUGGGCAACUUAGCAAAAGUGACAUCUGCAUGAGGCAGGGACGGUACGGACAGUUAAUGAUGAUGAAAGGUAAACUGGAGGGAGGGGGACAUUUGGGGGAGAAAGUAGCCCCAAAAGGAAGACAGUGUCUUCAUUUGUUUAGCCCACAAGCACCACAUACUACAGUAAUACUAGUUCAGUGGGUUUCAAGGUCUAAGGGGACAAAAGUGACGAAGGAGUAAUUUGAUGAAAAAUGUUGUUGAGUGAGGUCUCCACAUUCAUCUUAUUUUCAAGCCUAAAAAUUAAAUACUUGAUUUGAUUCAGCACAUGAAAAAUAGUUCACUGCAUCAAUGCUUCAGAAUUUCAAUGUUAUUUUCAAUGUAUCACUGUUUGGAAAGUCUAUUAUGAUAAACAACUGGACGUAACUAUUCUGCCUUGUGCUACUUUAACUUGUAGGAGACCUACAUGUAUAGCUUUGUGUGUUUGUGUGUCUGUGUUGGUAGGAGUGAUAGACCACAGCACACGACAUUCUACCACACAGACAUGAGUGUGAAUUAGAAAAGACUCAACACUCUAAAAAAUGAAGAUAUCCAAGAAACAUCUAUUAUACUAGUAUACACAAGCUUUUAUUUGCUUCCACCAAGUGAUCAUCAUCAUAUCGUUCUGUGCCAGUACUGCAGCCAGGCCACAGCCUUCUCAUUAGCUUUUUCCACCAAGUGAUGAGGCACAACAAAUUGAUGGCUGCCACUUAAUACAGGCAUUUCUCCACAUCAACUUUCACAAUAUUGUACAAUUAAGACUCUUCAUUCUGCAUGUUACGUACUUGCCUUGAUGGGCUCAAAUUUAAUGUUUACAUUGAUCUGACAUAGAUAUACACAGCGUUAUAGAUGUUACUCAAAUUUCAGAGAGUAGGAAUAAAGUCAAUCUCCAUACAA